CCUCCCCAGCUCCUCGCUCUCUGCAGAAUCUCUGCUCCUUUUUAUGAAUGAAGUAACAACUGCAGCAUGAGCCUGUUCCAGCCGAUGGUUAUCAGGAACGAAAAACAAUCUUACUUCAUACAUAAAUCUGCAACCUUUAUUGCCACCUCUCCGAUUGCCACCCCUCCCCCCCACCCCCGUCCUAUCGCUUUCCCACAUUCGGGAGCCAGGAGCAGGGCGCUGUAAUUUUUGCGGAAAGAUGAUUUCUUCAGGGAUUUCGGCUUGUGGCGCGAUCGUUUCUCUGUCUUAGUUCAUAGCGUGAAGUCAUUCCGUUUGCUACAAUGUCGAAUUAUUUAUUUUUAAUUGACACAUUAUUCAAAUGGAUACAAUGACGAAGAUGCUUGCGACUCACUGAAAAAAGGCGAACAGAGAACCUACUUCCUCAUUGAAGAAAGAUUUUUCCAUUCAGCACGCCCAUGGUUGAUGGAUACAAACAUGGACUAUGAAAGACCAAAUGUAGAAACCAUCAAGUGUGUGGUCGUGGGCGACAACGCAGUAGGGAAGACCAGGCUUAUCUGUGCAAGAGCAUGUAAUGCCACCCUGACACAAUACCAACUAUUGGCCACUCAUGUACCAACAGUCUGGGCCAUUGAUCAGUACCGUGUGUGCCAGGAGGUUCUGGAACGUUCACGCGAUGUGGUUGACGACGUCAGUGUUUCAUUGCGGCUCUGGGAUACGUUUGGUGAUCAUCACAAGGACAGGCGCUUUGCCUAUGGCAGAUCUGAUGUGGUCGUGCUUUGUUUCUCCAUUGCAAACCCCAACUCUUUGCAUCACGUUAAGACUAUGUGGUACCAGGAGAUUAAGCACUUCUGUCCACGUGCCCCUGUCAUUUUGGUUGGCUGCCAGUUGGACUUGCGAUACACUGACUUGGAAGCGGUUAAUCGUGCACGGAGGCCUCUUGCAAGGCCAAUACGACACAAUGAGAUUUUACCUCCAGAAAAGGGUCGUGAGGUAGCCAAAGAAUUGGGAAUCCCCUAUUAUGAAACCAGCGUGGUGGCCCAGUUUGGCAUUAAGGAUGUCUUCGAUAAUGCCAUCAGAGCUGCCUUAAUUUCCAGGCGGCAUCUACAGUUCUGGAAGUCACAUCUGAGGAAUGUUCAAAAGCCUUUACUCCAGGCUCCAUUCCUACCUCCGAAGCCACCUCCCCCCCUCAUCACUGUCCCAGAUCCCCCCAAAACCAAUGAAGAGCAUCCUGCCCACCUGUUGGCCAAUCCUCUUUGCGCAGAUGUCAUCCUGGUGCUUCAGGACAAGGUUAAAAUCUACGCUCACAAGAUUUAUUUGUCUACCUCCUCCUCUAAAUUUUAUGACUUGUUUCUAAUGGACCUCAGUGAAGAGCCAGAGUCUGGUAGUGGAAGAGCAAUGAGCCACAAUGACAGGCAGGGCAGGGAAUACUUAAUGAGAGCUGCCAGUUUUGAUGUCAGUGAAAGCACAGAUGAAGUUCCAGCCACCCAACCACUAUCCAAUCUUCGAGCCUCUACCAGCGAUGGUAUCUUGAAACUCAAUGCCUGUGAUCAUAGUGCAAGAGCAAAAUCAUGGCUCAAAAGAAGAAAGAUUUUGUCAUCAUGGAGCAGAGCUUUCAUCAGCAUCCAGGAAGAGAUGGCAGAAGAUCCCAUCACGUUGAACAGUCGGCUCAUGACUGUUGUCAGAAUGGACUACUCUGUUCAUCCUGAUGCAUUCAGCGCUGUCAUGCGUUACUUGUACACUGGCCAGCUGGAUGAGAAUGAGAAGGAGCUGAUGCAGAUAGCCCACAUUGCAGAGCUGCUGGAGGUUUUUGACUUGCGUAUGAUGGUCGCCAAUAUUUUAAACAAUGAGGCCUUCAUGAACCAAGAGAUUACCAAAGCCUUCCACGUGAGGCGGGCAAACCGUGUCAAAGAAUGCCUUGCCAAAGGGACCUUCUCAGAUGUGGUUUUUAAGCUAGAUGAUGGGACGAUCUGUGCACAUAAGCCCUUGCUGAUUUCCAGCUGCGACUGGAUGGCUGCAAUGUUCGGAGGUCCAUUUAUGGAAAGUUCGACUAAGGAGGUGUACUUUCCAAACACAUACAAGAGCUGCAUGCAAGCUGUGCUGGAAUACCUGUACACAGGACAGUUCUGUUCUAGCCCAGACCUGGAUGCCAUGGAACUCAUUGUGCUGGCAAAUCGUCUCUGUCUACCUCACCUGGUAGCAUUAACAGAGCAGUACACCGUAAUGGGCCUGAUUGAAGCAACACACCAGGGUGUAGACAUAGAUGGAGAUGUUCUCCUGUUCCUGGAAAUGGCUCAGUUCCACUGUGCCCGUCAACUCGCUGAGUGGUGCCUGCAUCACAUCUGCACAAACUACAACAACGUAUGUCGCAAGUUUCCCAGAGAAAUGAAGGCAAAGUCUCCUGAAAACCAGGACUACUUUGAAAAGCACCGCUGGCCUCCUGUCUGGUUCCUAAAAGAGGAUGAUCACUACCAGCGAGCUCGGAAGGAACGUGAUAAAGAGGAUUACUUGUGCCAGAAACGCCAGCUCAAGCGCAAGUGGUUUUUCUGGAAUUCAAGUUCACCUUCCACAGCCUCGUCCUCCUCCACUGUUGUUUGAAACUAUGGCUUGGAUUGAUGGGUCCCAUCUUUCUUUGGAAAAAAAAACUGUUGGUUCUUCCAGCGCAUGGUGGUUUGAAGGCCUUAGUUUCCGGUUGGCCAAGCCUUCACUGGAUUUUAAUUACCAGGGGGCCAGACAGGUGCGAAGUGGCUAGACUAUGGCAGCCAAAGUGAGUUUUUAUUUUCUGAUGGCUGGUGUGAACUUCUCUCUCUUUUUCUGUCUGUCUAUCUCCUUCUCUCUCUCCUUCUCUGUCACUCUCUCUCUCUCACACACACACACACACACACACACACACACACACACGCAUAACAUUAAUAAAACUGAGCUGUUGGCUCGUCCCCAUGACUAUUACUAGAACAGAUUUGGGAGAGUUUGAUGAUACUGAACCCUCAAUCACAUUGAUCGAAUCAGAUAAACUGCAGUAAAGCAGUGGGAGAUUUUUGGUCAUGAUUUCAUAACUGGAAACUUGUGUUAAACCUGGUUACUGACAGGAGGCCAUCUAGUACGGUGGUACAUUUUAGAGAAGCAUGAUAACUCCUUUGCGUGGAUCCUACUGUGGCUGAGCCAGCUCUGGUAAAAAUUGGUAUAUUCUCAGACUUAUACUUGGGUACAAUUUGAAUGGUUCUUAUCAUCUAUACCGAAUGCUCAUAGCUUUUGUUUAAAGAAUGAGAAGUCAGGGUUAGUUUCAUGGAAUUUUAGAAACAAAAGACUUAUUUUCCUCCCAAAUGUCAGAAUGUCACCGAAGUUGAUUUUGUUAUUGUCAACUUGAAAAGUAAUCCCUGCAUUUGGAAUUUAUCCUUGCAUGCUGGGCCCAAAUUCUAAACGUGCAUAUUUUGUAUUUGAAAAACUGAAGUAAAAUCGGCUAGAAGUUUAUCAGUGAAUAAAUCUCAGUCAGGAGCAAGGUGAUUCCUUCUCCAUAUGACAUGUAAGACUCAGUAUUGUAAAAUGAUACGUGCGCAAACCGAACUCAGACACACCAAGAGAAGACAAUGUGAGGUUAUGGGUGAGUGCUUAGAAUUAUUUACCUCACAGCUCCAUGGAGGUUUACACACAGUAAUUUUUGCAGGUGUACUUUUUCCCCAAUUGUGAUACUUCAGCAAAAAUCUGACCAUUUUCCUCAUGUUGCAUUUUGACUGAACUGUACGAAAAGCGACGGUACAGGACAACCUUAGGGAGAGACUGAAUCCAGGGUCGGAAACAGUAUCUAUGGAUAUUUUUGAUACAUCUUUUAUGUAUUGAAUUUUUCUUCAUGAUGUGCAUCAAGGAUGUCCUCCAGGUUUGGGCCAUUGGAAACUGGAAUGGAAUAUGGGAGAAGUGAGUUUUUCUUUUCACCCAUUUCCAUUUCCUUCAGCUUGUGAUGGAAAAAUAAUUAAAUGCUGUGAUUCUAGGGUUGAACAGUUUUAAACUCGAAGCUUGGUUACAGUAGAUAUACAGACGGACCAGCAAUGCAGUGCUCCAGUGCUGUUUGACUACCGUAUGCAUUCCCUGAGGCUGUGUGCUUGUCCUGUGAGUGAUACAUUGCUGCUGCGGGCACAUUGGAAUUGCCAGACUAUUCCAAGUGAUCUCAUGCAACAAAACAGGGCUUGUGUUGAAUUGAUCCAAAACGAGUGUAAAUUAGCAAAGUUUGAGUCAUGAAGCAAGGAGAAGGCACACUUUCUUGUGGCAUUUCCUUCGCAAGCAGGCACUGAUAUGCAUCACUUGUAUGUGGCGAUAACCAGGUCUAAUUUCAAGUGCCUGUGGCAUCUCGUAGAUUCAUUGUGCAAAACCAGAACUCACAACGAACCUGAUGGUGGUUUAUUGUAAUUCUACCAAUUGCUGGGCUUGUGCACUUCAACAUGUAGAAAGUAUCUACUUGACGAGUUUUUGUGUUGUGAAUCCUUUCAAUUGAACACUCAGUCCCUUUAAAUUCUUAUUCAUUGUAGGAAUUUAAAGUAGUCUUUUUAUGCGAAGCAAACAUUUAUCUUCAUUUGUUGCCUUGUGAAUCAACAUGAACUGUUUGUUUUUAAGCAAAUUGGAGAUAUAUCUUGGGUGGUUGGUUAACAGAAAGUAAUUGAGUUGAAGAAUAAAGUGAAUGUGAAAAUAUUUUAAAUAUUGUCAUUUGGUAAGUUUUGUCUCUUGAGUAUAGGGCUCCUUGUGUAAAUACACUAAAAUGUCUUUAAAUGUGGUUUGAAACUACUCUCUACUUUAGAGAUAGAACCUUGUAAAAUGUGGAACGUGCCAAUUUCUGCUGUUGGAGGAGUAGGGCAUUUGCAGCUAGUGCCUAGGGCAGAAUUGGGAGAUGCCCCCCCCCCAACAGUACCCAAACUCAAAGGUUUUUUUCCUUUAUUCAUUUACGAGAUGAGGACCUUGCUGGCAAGGCAGCAUUUAUUGUCCAUCCCUAAUUGCCCAGAGGGCAGCUAAGAGUCAACUACAUUGCUGUGGGUCUGGAGUCGCAUGUAGACCAGACCAGGUAAGAUGGCAAUUUCCUUCUGUAAAGGACAUUAGUGAACCAAAUAGUUUUUCCCGGUAAUCAACAAUGGAUUUCUGGUCAUCAUUAGAUUCUUAAUUCCAGAUAUUUACUGAAUUCAAAUUCCACCAUUCGAACUGAGUCCCCGGAACAUUGUCUCUGUGUCUCUGGACUAACAGUCCAGUGAUAAUACAACAAGAACAUUGCCGUAGAAAUACAGAGGUGGUUCAAUGGUCAGGUCAUUUGCCUGGUGGACAGAGCCCCUGGACAGUACUGUUCUAUAUUCUUUGGGUGGACCACAUCUGGGCCUGAGAGAAGAAAUAAAGAAAUGAAAAACAAAACCAGAGACAGACAGUGUAUAGAAAGAAGGCAGUCUGGCUUUGCACGUGGACCCUUCAGUCAGAAGUAGGAAUCGAUUGAUCACCAGAAGACACUGAUGUCAUGUCAUUGCUUAAGAAGUAGAGAGACAGAGAGAGACCAAAGAGCGAUUGUGCUAGACAGGGAAAAGCAGCCAAGGAAGUAUAAAACUGCAGCUUUCAACUGCCCAGUAGUUGUCAGCUUGGUCAAGCUAAAGAAGUCCUUCAGAUCCAGACAUCAGGUGCCAGUAGUUCAAGGUUGCUCGGCUGUUCUGCCUACUUUGUGGAGAAAGGAUUUGUUUUUGGCAGUUCGUCAGGGCCAUCCCUGAUCCUUGGAAUCUUUGGCUUAGCCAGAUUUAUUCAAGGCAUAAAUCUUGACUUGCAACCUCAUUUGAAUAGUGUAAGGUGUAGGAGACUUCAUUCAGCGCAGUCUAUCUCAGAGCAGCUGCUGAAAAAUUAAAACCGUGGCAGUCUAGGGCUGUGACGGGGGCAAGCAUUUCUGAAAUCUUUGCGUUCUGAAUACUUCGAACAGAUUUCAAAACAUGCACUGCAAUUCUUUACUGCAAAUUUUAACACCUCAGAUACAUAUUCAUGUAUGAAUCUUGUUGAUUUGAUCUGUAUGGCAGCAUAAGGUUCCCCAUGGUAGGCUCAUUCAGAAGGUCAGGAGGAAUGGGAUACAGGGGAACUUAGCUGCCUGGAUACAGAAUUGGCUGGCCAACAGAAGACAGCGAGUGGUAGUAGAAGGAAAAUAUUCUGCCUGGAAGUCAGUGGUGAGUGGGGUUCCAGAGGGCUCUGUCCUUGGACCUCUACUGUUUGUAAUUUUUAUUAAUGACUUGGAUGAGGGGAUUGAAGGAUGGGUCAGCAAGUUUGCAGACGACACAAAGGUCGGAGGUGUCAUUGACAGUAUAGAGGGCUGUUGUAGCCUGCAGCGGGACAUUGACAGGAUGCAGAGAUGGGCUGAGAGGUGGCAGAUGGAGUUCAACCUGGAUAAAUGCGAGGUGAUGCAUUUUGGAAGGUCGAAUUUGAAAGCUGAGUACAGGAUUAAGGAUAGGAUUCUUGGCAGUGUGGAGGAACAGAGGGAUCUUGGUGUGCAGAUACAUAGAUCCCUUAAAAUGGCCACCCAAGUGGACAGGGUUGUUAAGAAAGCAUAUGGUGUUUUGGCUUUCAUUAACAGGGGGAUUGAGUUUAAGAGUCGUGAGAUCUUGUUGCAGCUCUAUAAAACUUUGGUUAGACCGCACUUGGAAUACUGCGUCCAGUUCUGGUUGCCGUAUUAUAGGAAAGAUGUGGAUGCUUUGGAGAGGGUUCAGAGGAGGUUUACCAGGAUGCUGCCUGGACUGGAGGGCUUAUCUUAUGAGGAGAGGUUGACUGAGCUCGGUCUCUUUUCAUUGGAGAAAAGGAGGAGGAGAGGGGACCUAAUUGAGGUAUACAAGAUAAUGAGAGGCAUAGAUAGAGUUGAUAGCCAGAGACUAUUUCCCAGGGCAGGAAUGGCUAGCACGAGGGGUCAUAGUUUUAAGCUGGUUAGAGGAAAGUAUAGAGGGGAUGUCAGAGGCGGGUUCUUUACACAGAGAGUUGUGAGAGCAUGGAAUGCGUUGCCAGCAGCAGUUUUGGAAGCAAGGUCAUUGGGGUCAUUUAAGAGACUGCUGGACAUGUAUAUGGUCACAGAAAUUUGAGGGUGCAUACAUGAGGAUCAAUGGUCGGCACAACAUUGUGGGCUGAAGGGCCUGUUCUGUGCUGUACUGUUCUAUGUUCUAUAGUGUCGGGAUGGGGUGGGCAGUGGGUAGCAAUUCUGACUGAUUCUGUUGACAAAGCCAGGUUGCAAGAGCAGCUUUGGCAGCAUCUGUGCGGGGAGGGAGACAGAAACAGGGAACAUUUCCAGUCCUGGAACAGCUGGCCUCAGAACCUGAAACUUUUGAGUUUCUCCAGCCAUUCUCGGUGGGUCUGCUUCCGUAAGGGAUGGAGUAACAUUGCUGUUUAUAUUGGUUGCACGUUGGAAGUGAGGGAAGAGCGAUGUGGCUCUUCCAGCACAAUCCCUGUGGACGCCCAGUCCAGCUGACGAGGUGCAGAUUUAUGCUCACUGCUGUAGAUAAGCGGAGAAGGUGCUUUAGCUGGGAGACAGUCCGCCGUGAAUAUUUCUUGCCACAGCAGGGACAGAUAUUGCUGGGAUGGAGAAGCCUCUCCAAUGAUUGCUUUGCCAUUCGGUUUUGCUUAUGGUGAAGCUGCAUCUGAGCUCCUUCCACUCAGGCUCCUGAACCCUCCUGUCAGCUUCCUUGGCAUAACAAGGUGUGGAGCUGGAUGAACACAGCAAGCCAGGCAGCAUGUCAGGAGCACAAAAGCUGACGUUUCAGGCCUAGACCCUUCAUCAGAAAACUGUGUUUCUGCUCCUAAGAUGCUGCUUGGCCUGCUGUGUUCAUCCAGCUCCACACUUUGUUAUCUCGGAUUCUCCAGCAUCUGCAGUUCCCACUAUCUCUGAUACAGGCUUCCUCGGCAUAUCGACAUGCUGCUGAGGAACGGGCAGAACCUCUGUCCCUCCUGGAGUGCGGUCACACAGAGUUGGGCACUCCGCUCUUGUGCACUGUCAGUCCAGAUGGAAUUUCCACAAAGUAUAUCAUCCCCUUCACCGUCAUUUCCAAGGGGUCUAUUGAUUGGGGAGACGUGUGCACAGGCACACUGUCCGUUUUUCUAUGCGCUCCUUUCCCUGGAGGGAGCAGAUGGAGUGAAGGCGAACUGAACAAACAACACCAACCCCUCAGCACGCAAAGCAUGGGGCAGCGCAGGCCGGGCAAAGGGUGUUCCGUUGCUGAUGGUAAAGCUCCAAGCAGAAUGUGCUCGGAUGGGCACAAAGACGGUGGACAACAGACAGGCAGAACAUGGUUACAGUCAGUCCACUUUGCGGCCUCCGAGCACAGUGAACAAGAACUAGCAUAAAGCAAAGAGUGUGACUCUGACCUGGAUGGAGAGCUUGUGCAGGCACACACAAUCGCAGUCACUUUUGAGAGAGUAAAACAUGCCAGACGGUGGUGGGGUGGGGAGGAGGGUGGUGGUGGCGGCCGUGGGCACGGCGGUGAAAUUCGUUUAAACGUCUCACACAGGCCCAAUGGGGCAGAAUGGCCUUGCGAUGUGCAGUUCAGUUGUUACCUUCGUAACGGUUUCUCUGGCUGAGAGAGGAUUAUGUCUGGGUCCAGUCUUCUUGGAUUGAGGAAGAAAGGUUUAACUAAAACAGCUGAAUGUUACUGAGAGAUAGUAAGAACUGCCUGGAGUCUGAGGUAACACAGUGUGGAGCUGGAGGAACAUUGCAGGCCAGGCAGCAUCAGAUUUUCUGAAGAAGGGUCCCGACCGGAAAGUGUCAGCUUUCCUGGUCCUCAGAUGCUGCCUGGCCUGCUGUGUUCCUCCAGCUCUACACUGUGUUAGCUGAAUCUUACUGACCUGCCCCAUUCCAGCAUUUCUGGGUGUGUGAAUGUGUGUUACUUGGUGAACUGGCUCAUAAUGGAUCUGAAGAACUCAUUGAUAAUGUUCUUUAAAGGGGCCAGCAGCUGCUCUUCCCUACUAUGGGAGACCAGAUCCAGGGGAGGGCGGCAAGCAGGAAGGUAGGUGAUGGACCAACCAGCUAGUACAUUUUACACACCCCUGUCCCACACCUGUUCAAAAUAACAGACAAGAGCGCCUUCUGUAAAAUCCAGUCCCCCUGUGCUUUAGUGCUGGUCAGAAUGCUAUGCUCUGGAUGGUUUGAAACUUUGCUGCAGUGUUCUUGCGGUGGUGAUCUCCUGCAGCUGCUGCAAACUGGCAUGUGCUUGCUGCAGGGAGAGAAACAGAAGUUUGGUCAUGAGAUGUGUCCAAUCACAGAAUCUUCUCAAUGUUUAACUAUGGGAUUACUAAACAGAGCAUUGAAGCAAUGCUGAAAGAUCAGCCAUGUAGAAAAGAAUCCUAUGAGUUUAGCUGGUUGACUAUGAAUAAGCAUUUUGGGACAACUAACUGAACACACUAGGUAAGCAUAUUGGUCUGAUAGCCAGAGAAUAUCUGGUCCUGGUGUGCCGCUCUGAGAAAGGCCUUACUAUUUCACAGUAGAACCUGGCCAACGUUCCUUUCCUCACAAGAAUUCAGAGCUAUUUCCCUGCAUCCUUGCCUGCACUUGCAGCUCAGCCAAAUGAUGGUAAGGGAUACGAAACUGAAGCAGAAGUAGGCCAUUCAGCCCUGAAGAAGAAAAGUCAUCGGCCCCAAAAUGCUUUCACUUCUCACCAUUUGCAUAACAGUAUCAGAUUCACAGCCUGCCUGCAAAGCAUUCCACCAAAGCGUGUUGUACAGGUGCUUGGGCUACACAUAAGCCUCCUUCAGACUCUUUAUUUCAUUGCAUCACUUGGUUCCCUCUGAUUUAAUAUCGCUUGCUGUAGUCAAUACAAUACCACAGACAUCUCUCUCUGUUGGAGAGGGACACAAUGCUUAUACAGGUGGAGAGCAACCGCAGGAUGAGGGGGCAGGUCUGCAUGCAUCCCCACAGCCAUUAGGUACAUGGAUUGAGCCCAUGCUGUUGGCAACAAUUUACAACACACCCACCCCAUCAAACCACCUGAGCCCACUGAUCCCUACACAUUAACAUUUUAAUAUCUUGUUGCCAGUCAUGAGAAUGUGCUUGGUCAGUCAGUGCGAGUGCUUGUGUUAGAAACAGAAGAAUAAAUUAACUUGAUAAGCAGGAGGCCCUCUGACCUCCCUCUGUCAUUCUAUAAAAUUGUGACUGAUCUGAUGUUAGCCUGAAAUCAAUUUUUGAUGUUUUAUAUCAGUGUGGUGUCAUACUGAAGCAGAUCAGGCAAAGGAUUUGAAAUGUAAUUUCUGUUCAAGUUGGCAAAUCCAAGUUCAUCCAGCAGUUUUUGGAGUCAUAAUUGGCCUCAGUGCCUCUGGUGAUCCCACCCACCAUAUCAAUUGGAUACUUAUUGCAUCUCUUGGGAGAGGGGUAAUCUGAUGAGAACAGACCUGGGUACAGCAGUGACGACCUCCACAAUCAAACAAUCCACACUUGCAGUCAAAGUUCUCAAAGGCAAAAACCAGGAGCUGUUGAGCUCUAACUCCACCAUUAGCAAGUGCCUUGAGGAGAGAAUAUUUUUAAAUUAAUAUUCUUAGAACCUGCCGCCCACAGUGCCCCUACCCCUCUCUCCUUUUCCAGGAACAAGACCUAAUUUCCGCUGGCACUAACGGGAGUCAUUAAGAUGGAGUAACAAAUUCUGUACAGAUAUUUGGUUGCAGUUUGAUAAAUUUCAUAACAGCAAACCUCUUGCUGACAAUCUGAUAAUCCUGAACUGAGGGGGGUAAUUUGAACAUAACUCUGCAUCGGGGAGUGUUCUGGGAUCAUGUGGUUUGCUGGUUUUACAAACAGCCGAUAUUGCUCUCCCUUGAGUUUGGUGAAGAGUGAAAUUCAGGCAAAAGCAACAACUGGAAUCUACUUGUGCCUACAACUUAGAAAAAAGGUGCUUCACAGGACAGCUGGUCAAAGAGAAUUUAACAUUGCACCCACAUGAGGUAUGAGGACAGGUGACUGAAAGGCUGAUUCAUGAAUUAUGUGUUAAGAGGUGAAUCAAAGGUAAAAGGAUCAAGGGGUUUUGGGAUUGGGUUCUGAAGCCUUAGGGCCUGAUCCAAGCAGUUGAAGGCACCGCUGUCAAGUAGAGGUGAUAGAAAAUGGGGAAUGCGGAAGAGCCAGACUUAGAGGUCAGCAGACAGUUUGUCAAACUAAUAGGCAUUUCCUAAUGGGCAAGUGAUCUUGAAAGUGCCCCCCUUAAGUUUCUGUUGAUUCUUCAUCCACUUUCAGGUCUUUAAAAAAUUAUAAAGUGCUGGAUAUUUGUAUUCCAUGAGUGCUGCUCAGCUCUGGCUGUGCAAUAUGUCAAUUUAUACCUUAUUACUGUAUAUUUUAAUGCUAGAUAAGUGCUAGAUGUAGUAUUCAGAUGAAUUCAUGUAUUGUUCUUUCUUAUCUUAAAUUGACAAUUGCUGUUAGCUAUUUUCAAUGCGAAGAAAAUAUUUUUGUACCUGUUUGUUGGUGUUGCUGAUGUGUUACUGAAGAGAGAACUAGGAAGUGGAGUAUGUGGCACGUACAAUAUUCGUGUAUUAAAAACAGAAUUAAAAUUCAUCUGUGCUUCUUACUAA